ACACUUGGGCGAUAUACCUGCCAGAUUCGAUCUUCCUCUUGUGCGGGAAACGAAACCAAAAUGAAAGCUCUUUUUGGAACGUUGGUGAUAGUGCUCGUUGCUUUCGUAGCCCAAAGUUACGCAAAUUCAUGCAGAACGUGUAGAGGAUCGCUGUGUUCCGAAGAAAAUGUGCCGCUAUUGGAAUGCAACAGACAUCUACUGUCAAUGCCAUUCCAGAACUCAUACUUUAAACAGGACGAAGACGCCUCCUACGGAUGUCUGGAUUUGGAAUACAUUGAAGAUCAGUCCUCCACGACUUUCCAACAGUGCAUUUCGGGAAGGAACCUAGACAGCUUCUGUAAAGAAUUGAGCUCCAGCGGUUUGGAAAUUAUCCGGUGCAAUGUUGUUCCAGCUGCAAGUAAUAGAAAGAAACGAAAUACACUGAUUGACGCUGAUAUUUCUAGCAGCUCAACCGAAACAGCACCAACUACUAACACACCAACUACUAACACCCCAACUACUAACACCCCAACUACUAACACCCCAACUACUAACACCCCAACUACUAACACCCCAACUACUAACACCCCAACUACUAACACCCCAACUACUAACGCGCCAACUACUAACGCACCGACCACACAACCUCCUUCUUCCCCUGAAACUGAAGAACCCGGAACUACCGAAAAUCCAAACAAUUCCAGCAAUAUUUACGGCCUGUCGCUAGUUGUGCUAGCUGCAACGCUGUCGAUAUUCUUUCUGUGAUUUGGGCGAUUCGAUUCUUUCGACAAUCUGAAUGUAAAAUAAAAUAACGUGUUUCGUGAGAUCUACACUUGGCGUGCUCGGAGAAAUGGACCACCUCAAAUACGCUAAAGUCCAAAGAUCCACUCCAAAAUUAUAAAUAAUUUAUUGUUAUGUAGUAUUUAAAGAUUAAGCUGUAUUACAAAAAGCGAAAAAAUGUGGGUUUGAUAUCGCCAUGGGCUUUCAAAAAUUAAAGUUUUGCGUACAAAGGAUUCUGCUUUCUUUGUUAUU